GCCUAGUCGGGUGCAAAACAACACUUCAUUCUUGAAACUACAAAUUAGAAACAACAUCCACCAGAAAUGGAGGCGCUACUUUAUGUAUGUUUUGGGAUGAUAUUGAUGGUAGGCUUUGCAAUGUCUGAGACUCCAUAUAGAAUGUGUGACUUGCCAACAACUGUACGGAUAGAGCACCCACAUGCACAGACCAGCAAAGCACCUUACAGAAUAUAUGUUAAGGAACCGCAAUAUUACCCAGACAGCAUAUUAUCGUUGUCAGUGAUUGGUUCAUUACCUUUCAAAACAUUAUUUCUACAAGCAAGAGAUCCAGAUACGGGGGAUACCAUUGGUAGAUUUGUGAGGCAAUCAACUUUAAAUGUCACACAGAUCUGGACCUGCUCAAAUACUGACGACACGACAAUCACGACGACUAAACUCGAUAAGCAUGAGGUCAUAUUGAAAUGGGAAGCACCGUCGGCCAAAGACUAUACUGGACACGUACAGUUCGUUGGGGUCGUGAGCUUCAAUGACACAUCGUAUUGGGAAGAUGUCACAUCGGCAACUAUACCCAAAGGAUUCCCUCCCAUAGAUGUUAGUACCUGUGGCACUGAGAAAGGAUGUUUCAGAUUUGGGAAAACAGAUUGUGGACAUCACGAGUGUGACUACAUAUUCACCCAUUCAGUUGUGAACAAUAUUAUCAACAUCGAACUAAGCGCUAAAGGUGGAUAUGCUGGAGUAGGGUUCUCCUCCGAUAAAGAAAUGGGAGGUGAUGAUAUUUUGAGUUGUGUUAGGUCUGCUAAAGCGUCUGACGUCACGAGACAUUACUGGACAAUAUUUCCUCAUCAGUUGCCGAAACUUCGUUCAAGGGCCGUCAUUCUCCAACCCGAAACUGAAAUGACAUCUCACUACGUAUCGUGUAGAUUUUCUCGCUAUUUGAACCCUGACGAUAGAUACAGCUUGGACUUGAACAAUCCUUAUCAUCAUCUCUAUGCAUGGGGCCCAACGACAGGAGGUAAGGUGCAACCUAUUAAUACAGAAUUAAUGAGGCAAGAAAUACUAGUGCUGCCAUAA